GUGACAUGUCUGUCGAGAACAAAAACGUUGUUUGUUCUUCUAAGCGAGAUCGUGUAGUUCUCUACACUUCUCCCGUUGUGACUUCUGUGCUGCUGGCUAUUGUGUUUUGCCAACUCGCACUCCACCAGAUUCGGCUACGUGAACUGGAACGUCACAUCAAACAUUCGCGCGGCAACGACGAUGUACAGCUAAGAAAACAGGACAUCAAACGUCCUGCUGACACACUCGCGUUGCGCUACACAAGAGAGGAAGAAGGUACAGAAGAAGUUUCAACGUCGGGCGAUUACUUUGGUUUGGUGGCAGAACAGCAGCUGAGAAAAUUUUUGAAAGCAAGUUGUGCAAAAAAUGAAUUAGUUUGUAUUCAAGGUAACAAAGGCGAAAAAGGAGAUAAAGGCCUAGCUGCUGCGCAAGGAACAGCUGGCUCUCUGAGUUCAAAAGGUGCAAAAGGCGAGAAAGGAGAUCCUGGUUUGAGAAGAGAUAGCAUCGAUCCUCCAGUUAUUACCGAACAACCAAGCGAUGUUCUGACGCUGGAGUCAGGAGAAGCCAAGUUUGACUGCGCCGCCAAGGGGUUUCCAACACCUCAAAUUCGUUGGCUGAAGCUAGAGUCUAAUUUGCCAAAAUCUCGAAUCAGCAUGCAGAAGAAUCAUUCUUUGACCAUCAACAAUAUUUAUCAGCAUGAUGCAGGAACAUAUGUUUGUGUCGCUGAGAAUAUCUUCGGUGUAGCAAAAAGCUAUGCAACUCUAACUAUUCACGUACCGGUCAAGUUUGCUGCUGUUCCUCCGUCGGUGGUGUUUAUACGACAAGGACAAUACGUAAAACUGGAGUGUCUAGCCACGGGCGUUCCUUUUCCAACUAUUAGUUGGACACGAGGUGACGAACAGCUGAAUGACAGCAGCGUUACUGACAACGGUACUCUUAUUAUACAAAGCGCAAAACAAGAAAACGGCGGUGAAUACAAAUGUACUGCAAAAAAUACGUUGGGAAAGAAAACGUAUACGUUUUCAGUCAAUCUGCAAAUGUCAUUAGAAAAUUCCUCCUUAGAGGUGAACCGAGGUGUCCAGGUCCAAAGCGGUGAUGACGUAACUCUCAAGUGUACGUUGUGUGCUAUUCCAGGAUUGUCGAUAAUAUGGGUAAAAGAAGCAGAACAGGUUGAAACAGACAAAGCGGAAAAAGCAAAGUGUUCACUUACUAUCAGAAAUGUAACUGGAAAUGACGCAGGAAAUUAUUCGUGCAUUGCUACUACGCAAAUCGGAUUUUCGUUUGCAUUUUUGAGGCAAGACAUGAACCUUGUUGUGAAAACUGCCGCUCGUGUAACAAGUGUUAUAUCUAGCGUCAUGGUUUUCUGGCCAGGUGAAACUGUAAGCCUGGAAUGUUCUGGUGCCGGGCCACCUUUGCCGAACGUCUAUUGGACAAAGGGACAUGUUCGACUCAUACGUAAACCCCAAAAAAUACUACUUCUAAAGAACAUGUCUAAGCAAGACGGCGGGCGAUAUAGUUGCCAUGCUGUCAAUUACUUAGGACAAGACAUAAAAACCACAAUAAUAAUUGUUGCAGAUAUCAAGUUUGUUCAACGACCUCCGGUUUUUGUUGAAGCUUCUGUUUCUGACACUAUAGUCAUCAACUGCACUGCUGAAAUUGCACCUCAUAUACCUACGUUUACAGAAUGGACAUUCUUACAUGGACAGUGCAAUGCAGAGUCGUCCAGGUGGACUUCUCUGUCAAAUGGGUCUUUAGUUAUACGACGAGCAACUGCCUGGGACAGUGCUAAAUACAUUUGCUCUGCUGGCAACAAACGGAUUUCAGCAAGUGUACAAGUGAGAGUAACAGACUCGAGCACAAAUUGGAUGUUGCCUUUUGACUAUUGUGGAGGAUUUCGGCAGUCUACUUACAAUGCAUCAGUUUAUUAUGCUGUCUCAUGGUCAACUACGUGGAAUAAAUCUAAAUUCUAUCAAUGCCCAAAAGGCUAUUAUUGGGCAUGUACUGAAGAGGGAAGAAACAUAUUUAAAAACGACAAGAGAACAUACAAGUAUGUAUACAGCGGACAGUGCGGUUGGAGUUCGAACAAUUUUGCAGGAGGUACGAGAUAUUAUUUCAGAUUUCGUGAUUCAGCUUCUACAAAUGCCCAUAAAUACUCUGAAAAUUACGACGAAUACCCGAUCCAAACGAGUUCUUCAACAAGCUACUUUGCAGGAAUUGUAUGCAUUAAAACAUAGAAACCGACCAGCUCUAAAACAUUGUCUUUCAAUUGAACUGUGUGCUACUAUACUUUUGUCCGAAACCUGAUUUUCUUGUAUCCUAACGUUUCGUGUGUGCAGCGCAUUAUCAAAUUACACUUUAGUAGUAGUCAUUGUAUUACAUUGUACCAAUUACACACAAACGCGAUGAAUCGACAAUCAAA